ACAAAGUGCGUUGUUGCUGCAGUUGGUGUCACAAGUUAAAACGCGUAGUGCGAAAAGCGGUUGUACGAAUCCCUUCAAGUUAGCUGAAACGAUUACUUGUUUGCAACUUUAUCUUUCCCCAAAAUCAUACUUCUUUCGCAUUAGUUGCUUGAGCUGGAAAACCGCGACGUCAGCGUCCGUUCACGACAAAGCGACUCCCGUCAAUUUUCGUCAAUUUUUGCAUUUCAUCGUUUGCGCUCCUCAGUUACUUUUCGCGUUUCACAACGAAUAGUCCAAGAUGCGGACAAUUGCAGCCGUAAUUAUCGUCGCGCAUUUGGUAUUCGUUGUCAUCGAGGCAACCGUCGCGCCUCGCAUUGAACCGGUCUCUUCGACGGAGACUUCGCUGGCUCGGCUCAACUUCCUGGUUGGUGUCGCGCAGCUGGGCGCGCUUCGCGAAAACGGCACGCGCUGUGGCAGAGAACUUGAAACUCUGCUGAAGGCUGUAGCGGCCAAAGAGUUUUGGAGCUUAAAAGUGCUCGAUUCGUUUGGCGCGCCGCCGAAGUCCUUCAGUUGGGGCAAUUACUACUGGUUUGCGCCGCAGUGGCAGUGCAACGAUCUAAAUAGGCCGUACGUUGUCGGCAUCUCGCCGGAGUUUUUUCGCUCCUACACCUUUAAUCCGUUCAAUGUCACCAGCCCUUUUCGUCUGCGCCUCACCAUGGUGUAUAUGCGUUUCUCCACACCACACUAUAUCGACGUUCGACUUCCGUAUGAGUCUUUCAUUCACAUCGGUCUGUGUUUGCCACAAUCCUGCUCGACUGCCGCUCUGCGUCGCUACACGGAUGAGUACUUUCUGCGCGGGGAGUUUGCGAUGCAACGCGAUUUUAAACUUCAAAUGCAGUCGGUCGCAGCUAGAGUACCGUCUUUCGGUUUGGAUUUCUUCCAGCAAACCGGAACACUCAUUUCCAUCAUUAUUCUCACCACACUGGUUUUGCUCAUGGCUUUAGCUGAAAUUGUACAUCGCUCUAAAGCGAAAUUGAAGCUACAACAACUGCUGCAUACAAAAGCUCCAAUCGCUACUGCAAUGGUAUGCGGCGUGCAUAUAGCAAAUACUCCGACAGAGUCAGCAAUUGAAAGCACCACUGCUAAAAGCUCGACAAUUGAAGAGAUUUUGUUGUGUUUCCGAUUGCCGGAGAAUUGGCAGCGCGCUUUGCAAGUCGACCGCACAAAUUCAAAUUCAAACUUUGUAGACGUUAUUGCCGGCGUGCGCACCUGUAUUUGCUUGUGGAUUUCCACUUUUCACGUAUACUACUACUCGAUCUUCGCACUGUCCAAUAUGCCCGUGGUGUUCGCGGCAAUGGGAAACUUUCUCAACCAACCGCUUUCACAGGCCAUUUUUUUCGUGGAUAUUUUCUUUGUUAUUAGCGCGAUACUGCUCGUCUACAAUUUCCUCUCUUCUGAGUCGAGAUUGGAGAAGAUUAGACAAAAUGAUUUCGUACAGAAUUCGAAAUUAUUUGGAAAACUUCUGUUGCAUCGGUAUUUGCGACUCACGCCGAUGCUCAUUAUUACAAUGCUUCUUAGCGAUGUGUUCUACGAUUUGACCAACACAUAUUCACCCUUUUACUUGGGAGUGAACAGCGGGUUUUAUUGCAAGCAGAGUUGGUGGCACAAUGUACUCUAUAUACAAAACUUCUUGGAAAUGAAAGAUAUCUGCUGCUCAUGGACUUGGUAUUUGGCCUGCGAAAUGCAGUUCAAUGUGCUCAUAACCGCUUUGCUCUUUUUGUAUGUUAAAAAAGAACGGUUUGCCAAAGUCGUCUUCGUCACAUUGGCGUUGGGAUUUCCGGUGGUCGGCUGGUGGUGUAAUUACUACAAUGGCAUCACAUUUGACAUUGAUAAACUACAUUCCACGCUGACUCAGCUGUACGUGAAGCCAUGGGUGCGCAUCAAUCCAUAUCUCGGCGGCGCCCUUUGCGGCUGGCUGCUGCACCAUCUCGCCCAGCAGCGGCGACACCGACACCGUAAUCAUCAACAGCGAAGUCAGCAGCAACAACAACAGCCGCAAUCGGAAUCGCACGUGCAAACGCAACAACAACAGCAAUCAUCACAUCGUCAGCCAUGCGAGUCAUCGGCAGCAACUGCAACAGCCGAUUCAUUGGCGGCAGGCAAUAAUAUUAGUUGGUGGCGUGCGGCUUUUUGGCUUUUCAUCGGCAUCGUCUAUGCGGUAGCGAAUUUCAUGAGCUACUGGCGUAGCACACCCACAUGGCUGGUGGCGACAAUUAUGUCCUUUGGCAAAUUGCUUUUCGCACUCUGCAUCGGUGGCGGCAUUCUGAUGUGCGCCUGUGGGCACGGUGGCCGCUUGAAUGCGCUGCUGAGCGCGCGCCCCUUUCUACUGCUGAAUAAAUUCUGCUUCAGUAUUUAUUUGCUAACGCCCGUAAUUACAUUGGUCGCCUAUGGUCUGCGCAAUGAACCGACCAGCUUCAAUGAGACCUCCUCCGGCACGGACUUUAUUGCGGUGAAUGUGUUGGCUGUGGUGUCUUCGUUUUUGGCCUAUGUGCUGGUGGAGUUGCCCGUGCAAAGAGUGUGCAACAAAUUGUUGUAUAAACGAAAAUAGACUCAUUGAUAUGUGUGACACACACACGAUAGUCCUGGAAGCACCACCAUGAUACAUAUAUGUACUAUAUAAGAAUUUGUUCUUCUAUGCAUCAUUUAAUAUAUUGUAUUUCAUGUACUUCAAUAUAUUUCAUUUCAUGUUUGUAUAUUAUAUAAAAUAAGAUUUGUAAAAAAACUUUUUUUAUUUUCGUACCAUUGUAUAUGUACAUAUGUCUAAGUUUUCACAAGUAUUUUUUUGUAUUUCCAUUUCAUCACAAACUAUCCAUUAAAAAUUAAAAAAACAAAACAA